AUAGAAAAAGAUCAUUGAUCUCGGUCGCGUUCUCAUCGAAACACAUCGCAGUUUUACUAGGUAUAUGCACAGCAGCAGCCGUACCUAUCCAAGACGAGCACAACUUUGUCCAACAAUAAUAAUAUAAUAUGACGUCUGUCUCGUUGGCCACCGCCGCCGUCGGACUGUGCGUGCUGGCCAUCACUGUUUCCGGUCAACUGCUACCGGAAAACAAUAUAUCGAAGUCCACGGAAAUCAUGACCGACGUCCUGCUCAAGGCCACGUCUGAUGAUAAUUUCAAUUACGUGGUGUCCCCGUUCGCGAGUUCGGUGAUUUUGGCGCUAGCAGCUGAGGGAGCUGACUCGGAAACCAAGAGCCAACUCGUGGCGACUCUGGGCGGUGAGCUACCAGACAAGAAUUCCUACAAAGAAGUGCUCUCGACCAUCAAGGGCUAUUCGUUGGACGGGUUCGCGCAGAACAAAGUAGUGCUGAAGAACUUCUUGUACGUGUACAAGAACUACAGCGUUCACGAAUCGUACGCCCAACUCGCCCGGGACUAUUACCUGACAGAUGUGAGGAGCGUCGCCAGACCAGACUUGGAAAUGAAACGAGCCGCAACCAACAGCAUCGCCGCCGACGACGACGAAUCCACCGCCGAUUUCAAAGAGCACGCCCUGUUGAUCUUCAACGGUUUGUCAUUGGAAAUGACUUGGCCGAAAAGCACGUGGCACAAGACGUCAAUGUCGUGGAACGGCAACGUGGUAAAAGCGUUCGGCGCAGCAGGCAAUUUCGCCAUUGCACAAAUACCUUCCCUCGAAUGUACAGCGUUGACAUUGCCCUACAAGAACACUGACUACGCACUGUUGGUGCUUUUGCCGAAAAAUAAAGACGUCUCGCUGAACGAAGUACUGAAAAAACUUAAGCCAGAAAACGGUAUCGAAAAACUAACCAAAGCGAUGACGAUAAAGCCCAGUUUCGUGACUAUGCCGUGUUUCCAAAGCAGUAACAUUACCCACCUGAAAACGGUUUUGCAACAGGGAACCCAAACGAAUUCCGUGUUCACCGAAUCAGCAGACCUGUCGAAACUGUCGUCGGACAAACUGUACCUGGACGACGUGGUCCAGCAGGCGAACCUCCGCAUGUGCGUCGACGGCACCUCCUCCUCAUCGCUGACCAGUUCCGCAUUCACGUCGCAGAGGGUCAUCAAGGAGUCGGUGGUCAUGGACCGACCGUUCGCGUACGCGCUGUACAACGUGGCCAACGGGAUCGUGUACGCGGCCGGCAAGCUGGAGCAACCGGUCUGGGAGGAUACCGACGACGACGGCAAUGGUUCCGACAUCGAGACGAUCGACAUUUAGACAGCUGCACCAAAGGCGAUUGCGUUCAUUAUAAUAAUAAUAAUAAUUUAUUGCAGUUCGGAUCAUAUUACGUUGUAUAGAUCUUGAAAAAAAACAUUCACUACAAACUCUUUUUAAAAAAAAAAAGCACUAUAAUACGCGAAGUUAUGCGCAUGCGUAUAAUGUAUAUUUAUAUAUAAUAAGUAAAUUAAUAAAUUAAAAUAUAUAAUAAGUAUUCUACGACAUCCGAACUCAAUACUUAUGUUGUAUAGUAUAAUGAUAAUCGUUUGUCCGUCGCUCAUAGUUCGGUGGGCGGAUACAAUAAUCGUAUUAAGUUAUGAUCGACAGAGAUUUGAUGACAAUAUUAUAAUAAUGUGAUUUUAAUAUGACUGUCGGACAUUUUAAACAGUAUUAUAAUAUAACUCCUAUAUUUCGAUGUCGACGUGACGUUUACAUAAUAUUUAAUAUUUAUUACCUAUUAAAUUAUUAAAAAAAUAUUUAAUUUAUUUCUCCAAGUAUAAUAAAUUACAUUGUAUUAUUUUAAUAUAAUUUAUGUAUAUGCAAAA